AAAACAACAACAACAAUAUCUACCUCAAGAUGAGCUAAAUGCAGUCAUGGAUAAUGAUUGUGUAUCCAGUACAUCAUCGCGGGAUGGAAGUCAGUCACCAGAUAUAUGCUCCGACAUUGAGAUCGAUGAAUCCUGCAUUAAAAACGAGCCCAUGUCUCCCGACUCCAGUUGUCCUGGUAGUCCGGAGGCGAGUGACAUAGCCAACUGUAGCAAUACGAAUGGCGGCACCUUAAGUCUAACCAUGGCCAAUAUGGCUGCCUUCACAAAUUCAGAUCUCGUUUUUGAGCACAAGGAUGGUUGUUUGCAACUUACGCCGUCUUCCCAAAACUUGCUCAAGACACAGCAAAUUGUCAUCAGUCCCUCACAAAAUGUUAUAAUACCUAAAUUUACCAUAAAAUCUGAGGGGACAGCAUCCAGCAGCGGUACUUUCAUUACGUCUCCCUCGAUUGCCAAGUCAUAUGGUCUGCCCUUGACCCCACCGUCGUCCCUCUCCAGUGAUGGUUCGGAGGGUAAUCUCACACCUGAACACAUGCUUUCACCUCAGUCACCCACCUCAUCAGCUACAGCGAAGAUAGCGGCUUCGGUUAGUCAACCGACAAGUGGCAUUUUAACUGUUACGUCUAUACGACGAAAUACCAAUAGCUCUGCCUCGUCCACUACCUCCAAUUCCAGUUCCAAUGUAAGCAUGGGUCGACACACAAGUGGAGGUACUACCCGCCAACCAAUACACACACCACUGAUAAGCUCGCAACCGAAGGGUUCUACAGGAACUCUCUUGUUAACCGAAGAGGAAAAGCGUACCUUGUUGGCGGAAGGCUAUCCAAUACCACAGAAGCUACCACUAACCAAAGCCGAAGAAAAGUCUCUGAAGAAAAUUCGACGUAAAAUAAAAAAUAAGAUCUCCGCUCAGGAGAGCAGGCGCAAAAAGAAGGAAUAUAUGGACCAGUUAGAACGUAAAGUAGAGAUUUUAGUAAACGAAAACUCCGACUACAAAAGGCGUGUCAAAUCCCUGGAAGAUUCGAAUGCCGGCCUUCUUAAUCAAUUGCACAAACUGCAGGCUAUUGUAAACAAGCAUAACCUCAAAAAGUCUUAAAGACUUCCAUCCA